AUGGAGCGACCUCGCAAACAGCCUUCCCCUAAAGCCCUCGGCACGGUCCUCGUCGUCGGCGGCUGCGGCUUCGUAGGUCGUCACCUAGUCGACCAACUUCUCAACUUCCCUUCCGAACAGAACGAUCCUCCCGCUCCAUUAUCCUUAGGCCCUAAUAAAGGUCGCUAUUCCUACGACUACCCGUCCUUACAAUCGCGAUACCCUUCAUUCGAUCAGUCCGGCACAACAGUACAUGUCCUUGACUUGAAAUGCACCAGGAACAGGAUACAAGGCUGUACAUACCACGAAGCAGAUAUCACGGAUGUCGCGCAGUUACUAGAUGUGUUCAAGAAAGUCCAGCCAGACGUGGUGAUUAACACGGCGAGUCCGCAGUUUACGGCAUCACAUGCUGUAUUGCGCAAGGUUAAUAUCGAUGGGACAAGGACGCUGCUUGAAGUCGCGGGCGGAGUUCACGGGUCAUGGUCGAGGGACGGGCAGCAGAAGCGGUGUAAGGCAUUUGUCCACACAUCGUCGUCCUCAGUGAUACACGAUACGCAGUCGAAUCUCAGAAAUGCGGACGAGAGGUAUCCGUUGCACGUACCGAACAAAGUGGAGUAUUACUCGGAGACAAAAGCCAUAGCUGAGCAGCUGGUGCUACAGGCGAACAAGAGCUCAGAGUACGGUGGGAUGUUGACAGCGGCGGUGCGGCCCGCUGGCAUAAUAGGAGAGGGCGAUAUGGGUGGGUUUGCGUACAGUAUAACGAAGACGGGAGCUGAUGCGCCGGGAUGGCAGCUGAACUUGCAGUUGGGAGAGGGUGAUAAUUUGUUUGAUACUACAUAUGUUGGGAAUGUUGCGCUGGGUCUGCUGCUUGUGGCGGAGGGAUUACUGACUACUGAUCAAAGAAUAAAUGACAAGGGACAGGCUGAUGGUGGCAUUCUAGAGCACGAAAAGAUCGAUGGCGAAGCAUUUAUCGUGACGAACGAUCAACCCGCAUACUUCUGGGAUUUGACGAGGUUUCUGUACAGUCGUUUUGGCAAGGAAGGCGUUGUGGUCGGAGGACAAAACACGGGCGUUAGAGCAUUACCCGAGAGCUUCGCAUGGCUUGUUGGUGCAGCGGCUGAGUUAGCUGGAGUGUUGACGGGUCGUAAAGGAAGAAUCAGUCGACAGACAGUGGUAUACAGCUGUAUCGACAGGUAUUUCAGCUGCGAGAAGAUAAAAAGAAGAUGUGGAUAUGAACCUGUGAUUGGGGUUGAGGAGGGCUUGGUAAGGAGCGUGAAAUGGUACAAGGCGUUUAUACAAGAUGGUGGUGAGCAGAAGAAGAUGCAGUAA